CUAGUUUGAAAGUCGGCACUGCAUUUUGGAUAGACGCUUCCUUGACAAAGCACAUUCAAACGUUCAGAAGCCUACCAAAAUAAUACAGCUUUCCGACAACCCUUCUGCUCUGGAGACGCAGCUCAUCCGGAGGUCCCGGUUCGAGGAUGUGGACGACCACUAUAGCACGAUGCACCCUGCCGACCAUGCUCAAGCGAAGCUCCGUCUUGGCCUGCCAUGCCUUGACGGCUGGGGGUAGGCCUGGAUGGGCAGCCGCCAUCUCUCUAUCUCCUUCUCUUCACCUGACCUGGAGGCAGCUCCGUGGGCACGGGACCCAGGCACCUGCCCCGCUCCCCUCCACCGCCCUGGGGGACAGCCCUGGGGUGAGGCAGGUCCGGGCCCUGGAGCAGGAAAGGCUGCUGGAGGUGGAGUGGGAGGACAGCGGGCAGAGCCUGUACCCGUACACAUGGCUUAGGGACAACUGUCAAUGCCCGCUGUGUACCCUGCAGUCGGCCCAGGCCCGCAGCCUGCUGCUCUCUCAGCUGGACAUCCACACUGGGGUCGACCGGGUCCAGGUCACUGACAACAACAAGGUGUCCAUAGUGUGGCCGGACCAGCACACCAGCGAGUUCGACCCAGAAUGGCUGAGGAAACGGUGUUUCUCUCCUGCUGCCAGACAAGCCCUACAAGAGGAGCUCUUCCUAAACGAGCGUGUGUACUGGGACUCAGAGCUGCGGAUCCCCACGGCCAGCUUCGAGGAGGUCCUUCACGACGACAAGGCCGCCCUGGCCUGGCUGCUGGCUCUACGCCGCGUGGGCAUCGUCUACCUGAAGGGGGCGCCGGUGGAGCAGGGUCAGGUGGCCCGCCUCAGCCAGAGGAUCGGAUACCUCCGACUGACGUUCUAUGGGCACACAUGGCAGGUGCAGGACAAACCCCAGGCUAACAACGUGGCCUACACGUCUGGCAAACUCUCUCUCCACACUGACUAUCCAGCACUGCACUACCCACCUGGAGUGCAGUUCCUGCAUUGCCUGUGCCAGGCUGGCGAGGGCGGGGAGAGUGAAGCGGUGGAUGGCUUCCACAUGGCAGAUCAACUGAGGAGAGAAGACCCCGAGGCCUUCAGGACCCUCACCUCCCUGCGGGUGGACUUCACAGACACAGGGUCCGACUACUGCGACUUCAUAGUGCAGUCCAAGAACCACAUCAUAGAUGUUGACAGUGAUGGGCGGGUGGUCCGGAUCAACUACAACAAUGCCACCAGGGACUCUGUGCUGGACCUCCCCCUGCACCAGGUCCAGGCCUUCUACAGCUCCCUCAAGGCCUAUGUCCAGCUGAUGACGCGACCAGAAAACGUGCUCACCUACAAGAUGGAGCCUGGCGACCUGGUUACCUUUGACAACUGGCGCCUGCUCCAUGGGCGGAAGAGCUAUCUGAGCCACCCAGACCGGGUGAGACACCUGGAGGGAGCCUACCUGGACUGGGACGAAGUCAUGUCUCGCCUGCGGAUACUCUGCAAGUCUGUCAAUGGAGAGAGCUAGGCCCGCCAAGCCCCCAGAUCGAAGCCUCCUCCAACUAUAUAGAACAGCAUCUAUCAAUAGCAGGGCUUCUCCAACCCUGUUCCUGGAGGUUUUCACUCCAACCCUAAUCUAGUGCACCUGAUUCUAAUAAUUAGUUUAGUUACAACUGGGGUUGGAGUGAAAACCUACAGGAGGGUAUCUCUCCAGGAACAGGGUUGGAGAGUCCUGAUCUACAGAAUUUCGGAGCGGGGAAAAGAGGCAGAGGCUAAUUGUCUAGUGGGCUACAGCUACCCCUGUGUGGGUCAAGAUGGCUGCCGGUCUUUUGAACAGAGUGACAAGUGGGCAAAGUGCAAGAAGAUGUGGGAAAAUUUGAUGGAAAAGGGUUGAGCACUUCCCUAAAUGAUAAACACCCCUUCAUAAGUGCUAACAGAGGCAUAUAAACUGUAUAUGAGAAGCAUAACCUAUGAAGAAUCUGUCAUUUACUGUAUGAAGCAGGUAGACUAUAGUGCCUUUGUUCCUAGGGUUGUGUAAGCGAAAAUAUUGAGCUAUCUUUCGCUUUGCUCGAAUCUAUUUUUCUAUUAGCCUGUGUUCUACUGGUCAAAAUUUGGUAGCACUUUACUACAUCUACUUCUCAAUGUCUUAAGGGUGUCACAUCAACAAGAGGUGAUGAAGUUUGUGACAUAUUUUCUACCUCUGUCAUAUUGAAUCCAGUAGUAUAGUUCAGUUUCAGCCAUCUAGUGUAUAGCACUAGUAUCGGCCCCCCCAAAUCAAAACUUUUUUAAUAACUCUCAUUACAAUAACUCUCCAUAUGUAAAAUGUAUGCACAUGCAAGUUUGGAUAAAAGCAUCUGCUAAGGGAUUAAUUGAAAUUUACAUAAUGGUUACCUGGGGGUAAUUGGGGGAGGGUCAUGCUUUUUCAAUUUCAGUCAAGGAGAGGGUUUAGUAUAUAUAUAUUUUUAAUCUAGUCCAGGGGAGGGUCAUGUAAUUUGUCAGUUGAUGACAUUUCAAUAUUUAUCAAUGUUAGUUGCUUAUUAGGCUAUAUAUCGAUGUGUGCCCGAUGCCACCCCUCAUCUCUGAUUCUCCGCUGGGUGCGCAAAU